CGCAAGGCAGGCAGGACAACGGCGAUGCCUCUGCAACCUUUGGGGAUCUGGGCGGUGCUUUGGCAAUAGCAACAACAAUUGAUACCCUUCGCGCAGCAAGAGGCCCCCUCCCGCCAGCCUUUGACACAAUCCUCUUUCGACACUCUGCACAUUCGAGUCGCAUCCGCCGCCACCAUCAUCAUCAUGCCUGCCACUUACAAGAGCACCCCUCUGUACGGCGGGGCCCUCAUCUGCGAUCUGCCAACACACUUUGCCGACGUCAGCACAAUCCGCCAAGUGCCCGACAAUCAAGAGGUCUACAUUGACAAGGAGGGCUUCACGAGCAUCGUCUUUGACAUUACCGAGCGCGUUGGCGGGCCCGGCAGCACUCCCGAAAUCGACGGCGAGGCCCUCACGACACACCUCGAAGACAUUGUCGGAGACGAGAUUGCCCGCACAAAAGUCUGGAACAGCGCCUCCACGCACUUCUCCCGGCUCGACGAGUCCAUACCCGCAUACACCCUCAUCGCGACACAAUCGCCCAAACCCGCGGACCCCAGCCGCGGCCCCGCGAGUGGCAGCCCGGACUUUACAGCCAUCAUCCUCACCCUGCUCCGGCUCGAGCGCGAAAAGACCGACAUCCUCGUGACCAUCAACGUGCCGCACAUCAAGGGCGAGUACGACGAGGAGGAGGUAGACCUGGAGCUCGGGAAGCAGGGCAAGUUGAUUGGCGACGCGGUCGACUACGCCGCCAAGAUCUGGGAGACGUUCAAGGUCAAGGACUGGACGCUUUUCAAGGAGAUUUGAGUGUGGUCCAUGAGCGUGGCGGCGCAAACUCUUGGCCGCCGCCUGGCGAGAUAUAAAGUGCACCCGACAGGGCAUGGCAAGCUAGACCAGCUUUUACGCGUCGCUAUAGGAGCGGGACUUCUGCGGCUCGCAGCAUGUGCAGCCAGGAAAUGCGCGGGAAGCGUAGCACGGGAUUUUAGCGGAUCACGGUUUUACGACAUGCGACGUCUCCUACAAUCUCAAGACACACAAAAUUCGCAAGUACUGAAACGUAGCCGCCAGCUAUUUGACGUGAGCCAGCGACUUGGGCCGGAGGAUAGCGAAAGGCUCGCCUCGCUUCCAUCAGAUCUAUUCCAAGUGCUCCUUUGUAGAGAGACAGGGCUGUCUCUGAUACUCCUACAACCUCACCCUGCUCUACUUCCAAUCUCGCCAUAUUAUCA